AACAUGCAAAAUGCCGCCUUGGCAGCCGGGGCCGCGGUGGCGCGGCCGGCGGCCAUGGCAGCGGCCAGCGACCACUAUGCGCGGCUCCUGCAGCUCUGCCAGACCGCGGUGAACCCUUCCGCAGGCCGGGCCAUCCACGCGCACGCCGUCAAGGCGGGCCUCCUCGUCAGCGCCUACCUCUGCAACAACCUCCUCUCGUACUACGCCGGCGCCAGCGUGAGUGGUGGAUCCUUCCGCGACGCACGGAACCUGUUCAACGAGAUCCCGCCCGUGCGGCGGAACGUGUUCACCUGGAACACGCUUCUGUCGAUGUACGCCAAGUCCGGCCGCCUCGCUGACGCCCGCGCCAUGUUUGACGGAAUGCCUGAGCGGGACGCGGUGUCCUGGACCGUCAUGAUCGUCGGGCUCAACCGCGCCGGCCGCUUCUGGGAGGCCGUGAAGACGUUUGUGGACAUGGUUGGCGAGGGGCUGGCGCCGACACAGUUCACGCUCACCAAUGUGCUCUCAUCGUGUGCCGCAACGGAGGCCAGCGGGAUUGGGAGGAAGGUCCACUCCUUUGUCGUCAAGCUCGGUCUGAGUAGCUGCGUGCCCGUGGCCAACUCGGUGCUCAACAUGUACGGCAAGUUUGGGGAUGCUGAGACAGCAACGGCUGUGUUUGAGAGGAUGCCGGUGCGUAGUGUAUCGAGCUGGAAUGCCAUGGUGUCACUGUACGCCCGCCAGGGUAGGAUGGACUUUGCUGUGUCCAUGUUCCAUAACAUGGAAGAACGAAGCAUUGUCUCUUGGAACGCUGUCAUAGCAGGGUACAACCAGAAUGGGCUUGAUGACAUGGCAUUGAAGUUCUUCUCACGAAUGCUGAGUGAUUCUUUCAUGGAGCCAGAUGCAUUCACAGUAACCAGUGUCUUAUCAGCUUGUGCUAACCUGCGCAUGUUGAAGAUGGGAAAACAAAUGCACUCUUAUAUCUUGAGAAAAAGAAUGCCAUACAGCGGUCAGAUCAUAAAUGCUCUCAUCUCAACUUAUGCGAAGUCCGGAAGUGUUGAGACUGCGAGGAGAAUCAUGGAUCAGGCAGUGAUUUCCGAUCUGAAUGUUAUUUCCUUCACUGCUCUCCUGGAAGGCUAUGUCAAGCUUGGGGACAUGAAGCAGGCAAGGGAAAUCUUCGACGUUAUGAACAAUCGAGAUGUCGUUGCCUGGACCGCAAUGAUUGUUGGCUACCAGCAGAAUGGUCAAAAUGAUGAGGCCGUGAAGCUCUUCAGAUCAAUGAUCAAAAGUGGCCCAGAACCUAACAGCUAUACGCUUGCUGCUAUUCUUAGUGCCUGUGCAAGCCUGGCAUGCCUUGAUUAUGGAAAGCAGAUCCAUGGCAAGGCUAUCAGAUCAUUACAGGAGCAAUCUGUUUCUGUCAGCAAUGCCAUUAUCACAAUGUAUGCGAGGUCAGGCAGUGUGCCAUUGGCGAGAAGGGUGUUUGAUCGGAUUUGCUGGCGCAAGGAGACAGUCACAUGGACAUCGAUGAUCGUGGCAUUGGCACAACAUGGUUUUGGAGAAGAAGCUGUUGGCCUUUUUGAAGAAAUGCUUUGCGUUGGUGUGAAACCAGACCGCAUAACUUACAUUGGCGUGUUUUCAGCUUGCACACAUGCUGGUUUUGUGGACAAAGGGAAGAGGUACUAUGAUCAGAUGCAGAAUGAGCAUGGCAUUGUACCAGAAAUGAGCCACUACGCGUGCAUGGUAGACCUCCUUGCCCGUGCUGGCCUGCUCACAGAAGCUCAGGAAUUCAUUCAACGGAUGCCUGUCAUGCCAGAUGCAAUAGUCUGGGGUUCACUCCUUUCAGCUUGCAGAGUGCGAAAGAAUGCAGAUUUAGCAGAACUCGCCGCGGAGAAGCUGUUGUUAAUUGAUCCUGAUAAUAGUGGCGCCUACUCUGCUCUUGCCAAUGUCUAUUCUGCCUGUGGGAGGUGGAAUGAUGCGGCAAGGAUCUGGAAGCUGAGGAAGGACAAGGCAGUGAAGAAGGAGACUGGUUUCAGCUGGACUCAUGUGCACAACAAGGUUCACGUCUUUGGAGCAGACGAUGUACUGCAUCCACAGAGGGAUGCAAUCUACAAGAAGGCCGCUGAAAUGUGGGAGGAGAUCAAGAAGGCAGGAUUUGUCCCUGACCUGAACUCUGUUCUGCACGAUGUCGAUGACGAGCUGAAGGAGGAGUUGCUGAGCCGCCACAGCGAGAAGCUUGCGAUUGCAUUCGGUCUCAUCAACACCCCAGAGAAGACGACCCUGCGGAUCAUGAAGAACCUACGAGUGUGCAAUGACUGCCACGCAGCGAUCAAGUUCAUCUCCAAGGUUGUGGACAGGGAGAUUAUAGUGAGAGAUGCGACGAGGUUUCAUCAUUUCAGAGAUGGGUUCUGCUCGUGUAAAGAUUAUUGAAAGCGUGGAGGCA